AUGGCGGAGGAGGCGGGCCGCGGGGCCCUAGAGGGCCUGACUUUCUUCGUCAAGAUGGACCACCGGCUGGAGGAGGACCCUGAGCAGGAGGACGCCACGCUGGCUGUGCAGGAGAUCGUGGCCCGGCACGGCGGCAGCGUGGUGGGCGACAUGGCGGCCGCAGACUACUGCCUGCUGCAGCACCGCAAGCAGCCUGAGCACGUGCUGGCUGCCGGCAUGCUGAAGAAGGCAGUGAACCUGGUGUGGCUGCUCUCCAGCAUCGCGCACGGCCGCCCCGCGCCGUACGCGCCGCCCGGCGGCGACGCCAACCGCCACAGCCCCUUCCCGUUGGCCGCCCUCACCACGCCCUCCUCCCACCGCUGCUGCCUGUCGGGCUUUGACGCCCGCGGCGCCGAGCGAGGGAUCAUGGCCCUGCUGCUGCGCUGCACAGGCGCCGAGUUCUCCAAGAGCCUCAACAUGAGCGGCAGCACCCGCAUCGUGCUAGUCACCCCAGACACGGUCGAGCCGUCGAGGAAGGCAAAGGCGGCCAGGGAUUUGGGCAAGAAGCAGCCCGGCAGGGCGCAGAUCGUCAACGGGCUGUGGCUGAUGGACAGCCUAGUGAAGGGGCGCAUGCUGCCGCCAGGCGAUGCAGAGGAGUACCAGGGGGCCGGCAGCAUCACGCAGCUGCUUGCGGCAGAGGCGCAGGGCGGGGAGGAGGAGGGGGCGGGCGCGGCGGGCCUGCAGGUGACCGAUUCUGAAGAGGAGCAGCAGCAGCAGCAGCAGCAGCCCGCAUCUGCAGCGGCAGGGCCUGCGGCAGCAGCUGCAGCGGCAGGGGCUGCGGCAGCAGCUCCCGCGCCCCGGCCGGCAGCGCCUGCGCCGGCGGCGGCGCCGAGCGGCAGCCAAGCGGCCGGCCGCCGCUCCUCCGCCGCCUCUGCGGCCGCCGGGCAUCCGCUGUCACUGGUGGUGAGCGACAGCGGCACCGGGGGCGGUGUGGCGAGGCACGUCGCUGGGAACAGCGUGGAGCAGCUGCCUGCGGUUGCAGAGGAGGCGGAAGAGGAGGAGGUGCAGGCGGCGGCGGCGACAGGGGCUCAGCAGGAGGCGGCGGCGGCGGACAAGGGGCAGGGUGGGGCAGAGGGCCCCCAGCAGGAGAACCGCCCUCCGCCGCUGGUCGCGCCGCAGCCCAGCGCCAGCAGCGGCAGCGGCGCGCCUCUCAUGGAGCGCGCUCGCUUUGCGGGGCCCACCCAGGCCAUGCUCAACCUCCGAGGCAUCAUUGCUGACCUGGCAACAGAGGAGCAGCUGUAUGUCCCUGCCGGUCACCCCCAGGAGCAGCAGGCGGCUGCAGAGGAGGAGGAGGAGGAGGAGGGCGGGGGCCGGGCCGCUGCCGCGGCAGCGGCGGCUGCCGCUGCGGCUGGUGGGAGCGCUGGCGGGGAGCCUCGGCAGCAGCAGCAGCGGCAGCAGCAGCAGCCUCAGCAGCAGCCUGGGCAGCAGGAGGCGGAGGAGGGGACGACAGACUAUCUCUCGGCAGAUGGCGGCGGGCCGGGCACCUCUGCUUACCUAACGGCCCACUCGCCGCCGCGCCCGGCGCCAGACCUCCCCCGCACCGCGGCGGCAGAGGGGGCCGGGGAGGUGCAGCCGCACGCCGGCGGCGACGGCGGCGACGGCGCGCCAGCAGCAACUGCUGCUGCGGCAGCGGCGGCGGCUGCGGUGGCGCCGCCGCUCUCUCCCCUGGCCUCGCCGGCUGGCUCUGGGGGCAGCGGGGAUGAGACUCCAAGCCCCAGUGAACUGGGCAUGCUGGCUUCUGGCUGUCUGGCGGCAGAUGAGGAUGACGCAGGCACCCCGGCGGCGGGUGCCCCCCGCUCGGCCGGCGCUGCCGCCGCCAGCCCCGCGGCGCCCGCUGCUGCGGCGGUGGCAGAGCUGGCGGCUGUGGCGGAGCUGCAGGCCACAGAGCCGGCUGGCGGUGCUGAGGAGGCAGAGGCUUGGGUGCUAGAGGCGGCGGCGGCAGAGGAUGUGGGCGUGGCGGCGGUGGAGGAGGCGGUGGCGGCGGAGGAGGGUUCGGAGACGGAGGCUGAGGAAAGCCCGCCGCGGCAGCAGUGGGUGCUGCGCAUCGGCGCAGAGCAGCAGGAGGCGGGUGCCGCUGCGGCCCCGGCGGCGGCGGCGGCGGCGCCAGAGGCUGUCCCUGCUGCCGCGGCUGUGCAGGUGCCGGCCGCUGCCUCGGCCGGCGCAGCCGCAGGCCUGCCCGCGGGGCCGCCGCAGCAGCAGCAGGCGCCGAGGCGCAGCGUCACUUCGGAGCUGGGCGGGGAGGGAGACGAGGAGGCACGGGCGGAGGAAGAGGGCGCGGUCAACUCCAGCGACGAGGACGGCGGCAGCGCGGUGUUUGAGGAUGCUCCAGAGGAGCUGCCCCCGCCUGCACAGCCGGCAGCAGCAGCAGCACCGGCAGCAGGCGCAGCAGAGGCAGCUGAGGCGGAGCCUGCAGCGCAGCCUGCUGCACAGCCCGCCGCCGAGCCAGCCGCGGAGCCCGCCGCUGCAGCGGCGGCGGCGGCGCCAGCAGCGCCCGCAGAGCGGGACGUCAGCCCGCCCGUGCCUGCCAAUGCCGCCGCUGCCGCGGCUGCGCGGGAGCGCCGCGGCGCCGCCACUCGCUCUCGCUCCCGCUCAGCCUCUGCCAGCGCGGGUGGCGGCGGCAGUCGCAAGCGUAAGCAGGCGGCGCCGGCCAGGGCAGAGUUCAGCCAAUACCUUCCUGAGGCGGAUGGGCAGCAGAAGCGCUCGCUGACGCGCAUGGCUCGUAAGGACGCCGCAGCAGCCGCAGCAGCCGCAGCAGCAGCAGCCUCACCGGCAGCUGCCAUGUCGCCGGCAGCGGCCGCGUCGCCGGCGGCGCCCACGCCUGCCCCGCCCUCGGCCGCGGUGGCGGCAGCUGCUGCGGCGGCUGCGGCGGCCACCAGCGCUCGCAAGGCGGCGCUGGCCUGUACCGGGCGUACCGCCUACGGCGUGGAAACGAUGCCGCUGCUGCGGCGCAAGGGCAGCCGGGCGCCACCCGCGGCGGCGGCGGCGGUGGCGCUGGCGGCCAGGCAGGCGGCGGCUGCGGCUGCUGUGCCUGCUGUGCCUGCUGGGCCAGGUGAUGUGGAGACGGGAGGUGCAGGGGCUGGCGAGGAGGCGGCAGCCGCUGCGGCAAUCCCUGCUGCUGCUGCCGCUGUGGCGCCUGCGCCUGCCGCUGCUGGGCGCCGCCGCGGCAGGCCUCCCUCCAAGCCCAAGCCCACAGCCGCAGCAGCUGAGCGGGAGACUGCGCCGCAGCCACAGCCUGAGGCGGAGGCAGAGGCAGAGGCCGCUCCCAAGCAGCGGCAGCCGAAAGUGCAGCAAGAGGAGGCAGCGGCAGCGCGCCACCGGGGCCGGCCCCCUAGCAAGCGCAGGGCUGGCGAGGGGGAGGCUGCGGAGCAGCCGGCAGCGGCGGGCGGCGAGGAGCGGCGGCAGGAGGAGGAGGAGGAGGAGGCGCCGCCGCCGCGCAAGCGUGGCCACCCCCCCGGCAAUCGCAAGGCUGUCGCGGCGCCGGAAGAGGCUGCUGCUGCGCAGGAGCAGCAGGAGCAGCAGCAGGCGGCGGGCGCCGGCGCCCAGCCUGGCAGCGCCGGCAGGCGUGCCGCCGCUCGGGACCGGCGCCGGUCGGCAGCGGCAGCCAAGCAGGCGGCAGGGGCGGGGCUGGAGCUGGGGAAGGGCGCUGCUGCUGCUGCUGAGGAGGAGGAGGAGGGGCCGCAGCAGGCGCCAGCCGCUCCAGGCCGCCGUGGCCGCCGUUCUGCUGCCUCCCCGGCGGCAGCAGCAGCAGCGGCUGCAGCAGCAGAUGCGGCCGCUUCUGCCGCCGAGCAGCCUGCAUCAGGCGGCGGCAGGGCAGGCAGGCGCUCGUCUGUGCGAGCUCAGCCGGCCAGGCAGCAGCAGGAGCAGGAAGAGGCUGAGGGCGAGGCCGCUGCCGGUACGCGCUCGCCUGCCCCGGCCGCGGCGGCGGCGGGCAAGGGCGGCGGCGGCGGCCGGGCCAGCGGGCGCAAGCGCAAGACCAGCGCCGCGGCGGUGGCAGUGGAGGCUGAGGCGGAGGCGGAGGCGGAGGAGGCGGAGGAGGCGGAGGAGGCAGCAGGCGGCGGCGCCAAGCGCCGGCGCACAGCGGGCGGCGGCAGGGCCUCUGCUGCCGCCGCCGCAGCCACCAGCAGAAACACGCCGGGCGGCAGGGCGGCGGCUGCGGCCGCUGUCAAGCCAGCACCCAAGCUGGUAGGCGCCAAGUCAGCAGGCAAGGGCACGGCAGGCGAGGCCCCAGCCGGCUGCCGCACAAGUCGUCAGUCGGCGCCACCGGCCGCAGUCGGCAAGGCGGGGCCUGCGGCCGCGGCCGCAGCUGACGCUGCUGCGGCGCCUGGGAGCGGGGGCAAGGUGUGUGUGGCGCUCAGCGGCAUGCACAGCGAGCAGCAGGCGGAGAUAGCUACCAAGCUGCGCAAGCUCAAGGUCAAGUGCAUCACCGGCAACCAGCGCCACGACUGGACGUCUGAGGUCACUCACGUGGUGUCGGCGGCGCCGCGCCGCAACCAGAAGUGCCUGGCGGUGAUGGCGGCGGGCGGAUGGCUGGUGGGCACCGGCUGGGUGGAUGCCUGCCAGGCGGCGGGGCGACUGGUAGCGGAGGAGCCUCACGAGCUGCUGAUCGGCGCGGCGGAGGUGGAGGCGGGGGCGGCGCCCCACUGGCGCGUGCGCGCGCGGCGCACGGGGCGGCGCGCAUUUGAGGGCCUGCGCGUGGCGGUGGCGCCCGCGCUGGGGCAGCCCUUCAGGCGGGAGGACAUCGUGUGA